AUGCGUCUCCCAAGGCUGUGGGACUGGGAGAGCAGCACCCCGGCCGUCCCUGUGCUGGGGGCAAAGCAUCCCAAUCGUUUUCGUGCAGAUGCAGGGAACCCCAGCUAUGUGUCUGCAGUUAAAUUUGUGACAUCUCCGCUACUGAAACAGGAUCCUGAUGCAAAUACGCUGGAAGAACUCAAAAGGCUCCAGCACACCUUGGAGCAGGUCAACGAUGGCAAAGACUUACUUCAAAGCCAUCAGCUUACUAUGGAUGAAGAAAAUAAUAUCGAAAAAUACCAUAUCAACUUACAGCCCUUGGAAUCAAAAGUGAAAAUCAUUCAGCGAGCAUGGCGCGAGUACCAGCAGCGCCAGGACCUGCCACCCCAUGAGCAGCUGGACAAGCGCAGCCCCUCGCCGCCAUCCCUCUCCUCGGGCAAGAUGAGCAGGUCCAUCAGCAUGAACACUUUUUCCGACAGCAGCACGCCG